AUGAAUGAUUCCAGGUGGACUGAAUGGAGGAUCCUGAACACGAGCAGUGGCAUUUUGAAUGUGUCUGAACGUCACUCCUGCCCACUUGGAUUUGGCCACUACAGUGCGGUGGACGUAUGCAUCUUCGAGACAGUUGUCAUUGUCUUGCUGACAUUUCUCAUCAUUGCUGGGAAUUUAACGGUCAUCUUUGUUUUUCACUGUGCUCCACUGUUACACCACUAUACGACCAGCUAUUUCAUUCAAACAAUGGCAUAUGCUGAUCUUUUUGUUGGAGUUAGCUGCUUGGUUCCUACUCUCUCACUUCUCCACUACUCCACAGGUAUCCACGAGUCACUGACUUGCCAGGUUUUUGGAUAUAUCAUCUCAGUCCUGAAAAGUGUUUCUAUGGCAUGUCUUGCCUGCAUCAGUGUGGAUCGCUAUCUUGCCAUCACCAAGCCUCUGUCCUACAAUCAACUGGUCACCCCAUGUCGCCUGAGAAUUUGCAUCAUUUUGAUCUGGAUCUACUCUUGCCUAAUUUUCUUGCCUUCCUUUUUUGGCUGGGGGAAACCUGGUUACCACGGUGACAUUUUUGAAUGGUGUGCCACCUCUUGGCUCACCAGUGCCUAUUUUACCGGCUUUAUUGUUUGUUUACUUUAUGCCCCUGCUGCCUUGGUUGUCUGCUUCACUUACUUCCACAUUUUCAAAAUUUGCCGGCAGCACACCAAAGAGAUAAAUGACCGGAGAGCCCGAUUCCCGAGCCAUGAGGCGGCUGCCUCCGGAGAGGCCGGGCAUAGCCCUGAUCGUCGCUACGCCAUGGUUUUGUUUCGGAUAACCAGUGUGUUUUACAUGCUGUGGCUCCCUUACAUCAUCUACUUUCUUCUAGAAAGCUCCCGGGUCUUGGACAAUCCAACACUGUCCUUCCUAACCACCUGGCUGGCUAUAAGUAAUAGUUUUUGUAACUGUGUUAUAUACAGCCUCUCCAACAGUGUUUUCCGGCUAGGCCUCCGAAGACUGUCUGAGACAAUGUGUAUGUCUUGUAUGUGUGUCAAGGAUCAGGAAGCACGAGACCCCAAACCUAGGAAACGGGCUAACUCCUGCUCCAUCUGAAGAAAACGCCACAGUAAAUCACAUGUAAUCUGACAGUAGUUUUGGAUUGUAUUCUUGCUUCAUCUGGAAAUUUGCCACUAGAGAAAUAUUUACUUGAAUAGUUGACUAUGAGAGGAAGGGACUAAAAGUUUCUUUUUUUUUUUUUUUUUCUUUUUCAUGUGAAAAAAAAAAACAAAACACCUAAAGAUAUAUAGAGGGUAAUCUCAUGAGAUAAUUGUAGUGUGUGAGUAUAAAUAUGCAGUACUAGGAAAAGUGAAGCUCUGAGGAUGGAAAAGUACCUCAUCUUCCACAGGGCAUGAGCGAAGCCCCUGGCAUCUUGUCUCUCUUUCUGACUGGGCUCUCUCCUCUGUCUCUGCCUCUCAUUCUCUCUCUCUCUCUGUCUCUCUCACUCUCUCCUGUGUCUUUGGAAAUUACUUAUAUAAAUUGCCCUUUAUAGAAAAAUGCUACAUAUUAUAUAUGUGGUAAAGUAUAACCUUUUGCAUCAAAGUGUACUUCUAAACUCACUAAUCUGCAAUCCCUAAAAGUCCCUCCAUGGAGGAUACAUAGCAAGCAUUGUAUUUUAUUACCUGCCACACAACCCUUUUGCUUGUGUUUUUAUACCUGUAGCACAAAUUUCUGCAGUGAAGAAAAAGAAACAGUUUUUUUUUGUUUGUUUCUUCUGGGUAAAUGUAUGCUCCCUCCUCCUUUCCAACAGCCUGCUAUUAUUUUUCUUCCAUUUUUCUUUAUCUGCAUCCUUUGGUACCUUAAGCCAGAAGUGUCUUAGCUAAUGAAAGAAUCUAUUAUAUAAAAGUCAUAAUGUUGAAUGGCUUAUUCCUUCUAAAAAAGUAUUCUAUAUAUUGUUUAAAAUAUUGUGUUAAGUAUUUUUUAAUGGCUUUGGGAAACAUUUUUAUUUGGUUUCUUUUGAAAUAAUACAUGUGCCCAAAGUGGUGUCCUUUUUGGGGGGGCCUAUAGUUAAGCUUUGUUUUUCUUUAAGAUAAUUCACAAUGCAAAUGCAGAGGACUCACUCAGAAGUGGGGUACUGCUCUUAAAGCUACUUGGUGUGUUCCACCUUUUUUUUUUAAAGAGUAAAAUAUUAGCCUUUUUAUGUUAAGUCUGCAGAGCUUACUGUUGUGAUCCACUAAUUAUUUGUAUGAUAAUGCAUUUGCACAUACUAUAUUUUUUACAACAAAGAACAUGUAAAUUACAUUAUGUGAUCUGUGCCUAAUGUCUUCUUAGCACACUAUAUAGAUCAGUGUUGCUUAAAUUGUCAACAUUGGACAAAAAUAUAUAAAAACUUCUUUUAAGAGAAAAAUACUUUUGUUAGUUGUUAAUUAGAUAUUUCUACUAGACCAAGCUGCAUUCCUAGUGAUGAUGAGAAUAAAGUAUACUUAAUUAUCAAAUACAGGUAAGAACUGUCAAUAUUUUCUUUUGUAAUGAUCUGUUUUCCCAUUCAGAGAUUAAAUUAACUUAUUUUUUUGUGUGCUAUAUGGAGUUGUGUAAUAAAUUGUCAGGGGUUUAGAUGUAGCAAAAUGGCAUUUGGGAAAUUAAUAGUGAAGCAGGUGUAAGUGCUAAAACAUCUAAAUCUUACCUUUUUUUUUUUUUUUAUCAUAAGUUUCCUGCCAGACAGACAUUUUAAAAUUUAUAUCAAAUUACUGAGUAUUCUCAGCAUUUUUGAUUAUUUUAUGAAAUGCAUAUAGUGAAAUGUGCCUAUGACUCUUCAAAUUAGAAGCCAACCAUGUUUGCACAUUGGUGGUUUGACUUAAGAGGUCCUUUAGUAAAAGAAAUGUCAUUGUUUUAUUGAGGUUGUUCUGAACCCAUGUAUAUUUUUAAUCAUGUAAGAAAGGUUUAAAAUAAAGAAUAAAACAGUAUUCUACAUAUUCAAAAUCAGACUUUGCUUCAGUUGCUUCAGUUUAAUAAAACAUUUAAAAUAUAAGAUUACUGUUGGGAAAUCAAAAAUUUAUUCACAUUUUUGUGGUUUGGGUUGUUUACAUUGAUUCUCAUUCCAUUUGCCAGUGACAUCUUGGAUAAGUUGAAAUGUGCCUUUUGAGUUCAGACCAGUUUAAGGAAAAUAAAGCUUGAGGAAACGUAAUACUAACUUUCAAGUUGACUGAUAUAAAUAGAACCUUCAACAUUGUGUGUGUUAUUUGGGAAUCAGAUGUUGAUUCCUUUAGUUUGGUAUGUAAGUAUAGUUAGAAAAGACUUCAUACAUCUUCUGUACAAAAUACCUGAGGCUGUGUUUAUGGCAUUUUUUCUUUUUUUGCUUUUCCUCAUGCUAGUUAAUAAUUAUAUGCCAGGCACUGUGAAGUUUUACAUAUGUGAUAACUUUGAAUUCUCACUGCAACCCUUGGAGAUAGGUACUGUUUUUAUUCCCAUCCUAAAGAUGGGGAAGCCAAAGAAAAGUGAUUUAUCCAAGGUCGGCCUCUCGGUCAGUGGUAGAGGUUUGUCCACACUCACGUAACCAUUUUGCUACCCUGCCAUUCCCCCAUAAGGCCUUCAAACCUUGUACCUCUGUCUUUACCUUUUCCCUGCAAAGC